AUGAAGAACUACUUAAAAGGAUUAUUUGCCCCAUUAUUAACACAGGCGCAGAGUAGCUCGAUAUUAGCAAAAUCAAAAAUAGGCAUUAAUAAAGAUAGACUGGUGAAAUGGGGAAUGAAUGUAGACCCUGCUUGUGUUCUUUGUGUUGGUAAUUUGGAAACUAGAGACCACCUAUUUUUGCAGUGCAAUUUCACCAAGCUUAUAUGGCAGUAUAUCCUCACUUGGCUGGGUAGAAAUGAUACAUUGGGAGGCACAUGGGUUGAUCACUUGAAGUGGGUGAUAAAGAGUGCAAAAGGGAGGACUCAACAUGCUCAAAUCUACAAAAUUUUAUAUGCUGAAACUGUCCAUGUAGUUUGGAUGGAGAGGAAUCAAAGGGUAUUUGAGAACAACACCAGAGCUGUUGAUGUGAUUGCCAGACAAAUUGCUUUUAUUUGA